AACCGCCUUGAGAACUCCGCCCUCUUUGGUGGCCGCCCUCGCUCUUCACGGGUGCCCGUGUAUGCAGCUGGCCGACGGGACGCAGAUCGUCCGCUCGCCACGCAGCGACACCGCUAUGCAACAACCAGCGCACCUGCGUCACACGCAGCGGACUGCACAAACGGCCUCGGAGACGGGAACGGCCGAAGAGGCCUCAGAGACCUUGUCCGACCCUGGCGCCUCGGGAGAGCUGCUCGCGUCAAGCCGUCCGAUGGGCCUGGGCGGGCACGCCCUGCUGCUGCUCGCGCUCCUCUCUGGCAGCGCGGUCGGCCUCCUCUUCUUUUCGCUGCUCGGGUACGGCGUCGAGGUGUACCGCGCCCUCGCCUCUGUGGACUGGUGGCUGGCGCCCUCGCUCGUGGUGGGCGCGCUCCUCCUGCUCGUCGCGCUGUACGCCCUCGACGCGCGCUAUUGGAAGGGCGCCGGCCGCAUCGCCGCUUAUUUCCCGCUGCUCGCCGCCGCUGCCGGAUCGCUCGGCGCCGCCUGCCUGCUCGGCACAAAGCAGUAUCCGUACGCGCCGCUGCUGUGCGUCUUCCUCGUGCCGACGCUGGGCCUGCUGCUCCUCGCCGUGGCGGUGAGCCUGGCGUUUGCGGCGUGGGUGUUCUGGUCGCCGGCGUGGGGCGUGGAGGAGUGGGAGGAGUGCGAGGCGGGCCCGGCCCCUGAAACGGGCUGCCCAGUUGGGGUCGACUUUGGCGGAUCGCAGACCAACAUGUGGUUCGGAGAGGCGCGCGCCGCGCCCCCUCUGCCGCAGGUGCGCCAGUUCUGGCGCUACCGCAUCGGCUGCGACAACUACACUGCCGACACCUCCGAGCUCGAGGACGACGAGGCAGUCGUCAGCUGCCACACCGGCGCCUUCCUCUGGUGGUCCUUCCCAAUGUGGGCGCUCCUCUUUGCGCUCCUCUUCUACUACCUUGCGAAGACGAUGGAGGCGCGCGACCGCGGCAGCAGCAAGACGCGCGCGCAGUGGGCCAUCCGCCUCUUCCUCUCCUCCAUCAUCUUCUUCAUGGCGGUGACCUGGUGCGCCGCCUCGGUCGCGGGCGCAGGCCUCGGCGUCGCGCGGACGGUCGAGUUUGCGAUGCUGCUCUUCAUCGUCGUGACGACGGCUGUGGUGGGCAACACGGUCGGCUGGGGCAGGGUCGGCAAGACGGCGCAGAGCCUGCCCAUCUACCGCAAGCUCGCCUCGUACUCCGAGGGCUUCUGGGACUACGUCAAGGCCUUCGCGCUCUGGGGCUUGGGCUGGCUCGCCAUCCCAACCUUCCUCGCCCUCUCCGCCGCCAACCAAGCCGCGCGAAAGGCUCUCCCCUUCACGCUGCCGCCCGACGCUCCGGGCCUCCUGACGGCGCACGGCGCGCAGCUCUGGGCGCGGCUGCGCACGUGGCACUGGGCGUCGGUGAUCUCAAAGACGACAUUCUGGUCCCUCGCGUACCUCAUCCUCCAAGUCAUCGUGAUGCAGCUCGUCGUCGUCUUCUUCGCCUUCCUCAACGAGGCGCUCAGCGACUUCCACACCGGCGUCGUCUGCGCCAUCUUUGCUGGCGUCGGGCUCCUCAUGUUCAUGAUCCCGAUCAUUCCCGGCGUGCCCGUCUACAUCGCGUGCGGCGCUGUCAUCCCGGCAUCGACGAUGUCGCAGGCGAACCCAGACUGGUCGGACGACAUGAAGCCGGGGGACGAGGUCCCGAAGGAGUUCUGGGUCGGCCUCGUCUACGCCACGCUCGUCGGCUUCGCACUCAAGCUCACCGCGGUCGCGCUCGAGCAGGAGCUCAUCGGCCGCCAGUUCGGCAACUACGUCGCCGUCCGCUCCUUCAUCCGCAUCAACUCGCUCGAGAUGCGCGCGACGCGCCGCAUCCUGCGCCGGCCCGGCAUCAACACGGCAAAGUGCGCCAUCCUCGUCGGCGGGCCCGACUGGCCGACCUCGGUCACCACCGGCAUCCUCAAGCUCAACCUGCUGCAGAUGCUGCUGGGCACCACCCCCAUCCUCCCCCUCAUCGCCGCCUCCACCGCCGCGGGCGGGAUGCAGCUGCUCAAGACGAAGGGCGACCUGUACGACUCGAUCACCGUCAUCGUCACCUUCCUCUCCUUCCUCGCGCAGACGGCCUCCACCCUGCUCGCAAUGUACUUCAUCGAGCGCACCUCGACGCAGUACGCCGCCGAGCUCGCCGCCGAGCCUCCCGACGAAGAGGCUGCCUUCUCAAAGGCGCAGCGCGACGGCACCAACUGGUCCUCCGCCGGCGUGCCGCUGUGGCCAAAGGUGACGAUCAUCACCUCGGCGCUGAUGCUCGCCGGUGCGUGCUACCUCUCGGUGGUGGCCACCUGCUUUGAGCCCUUCUCCGUCUCGCAGCGCAUCUCGGACCUCCCGGGCGGCACUGUGUUCGGCCUCGUCCGGCCGAUGGGCUGGGUGGUGAUCGGGCUCUUUGUCGGCGGGUGGGUGCUGCGCUACAUCUACCGGCGGUGGGCGGUGGCGCGCGCGCGGAGCUGGCUGCGUGCGAGCACGGGGCCGCGCUGCGACGUGUACGUGAGCGACUCCCCGGUCGGGUCGCCGACCAGCUCGCCGUCGCCCGCCGCUUCUCGAACGGCGCCCCCCGACAUCAGCGUAAGUCGGGACGUGAGCCGCGUGUGAGCGCGCCAACUGCUGUUGGCGCAGUACGUUUGUCUAACCCGCGUCGACGACCCAUCUCCCAUGCCAUGUACAGCUCGGUUCCCGUGUGCGAGAGAUACAAGAGUGUGUGGCUCCCCCAGAGCGCAGAGGUCCCACGCUCGAACGACCAGGCAGCAAGCCGUCCGUUGUGCGUUGAGCGGCCUUUGUGGUACACCCAAAACACAAUGU